AUGGACAAAAUGGCCGCAGAUUCUCCGGCCCAGAACAAGCCAACAUAUCCUUGGGUGAAACUCCCUCAUCCCUACCUUACCACAUACGCCAUCAAUGUUCUUUCAGAGUCUAUCCCCCGGGUACUUCAACUCCAAUUGUACAACUCAGAGGCCGGUCAGUCCCUCCCAGAACCGCUACACAACAACUCUCUCCGAUACACCGACCUCUCCUGGGACGAAUCCGCCGCGAGCAUCCCAAACAACGACAACAGCCCACACGCACGCAGUCUACGCGCUCCAGGGACCACAAUUCAUUGGACAGACAAUGAACUCCCCAGCCUGGCGCAAAUCUGGAACGUGAUUCACGCUGCCUUCCUCACCCACCCACAACACGCGAUGAUCCGACUGGAUCUAACAGGCUCCGGCCAUGAGGUGAUCCGCGAGGAAUGCCUACGCACCGGUCUGGCAAUCCCCUUUCCAUCACCACAAGCCCCUUUUGGUAGCGAAAGCGAGCCCUCAGGCCUCGACACCAUCAUCCUCCUCCGUUCCGCCUUCUGGCAAGGCGCUGGUUCCCCACUGGGUCCACGGCCCAUCUGGGCCGUCGGGCAGGAUACCCAUGGUCUGCUCCGGCGUCCAGGCAGCUCCUAUCCGCCACUGGCUCAGAACUACGAGUUUACGAUGAAGCUCCCGCACGAGCGCGUGUAUGCGCGCCAUCCCAUCCGGCCGGUCAAGCCUGCGCCGGGAUCGCUGGUGUACAGCCGGUACAUCCCACAUCUGGACCAUCAUUUCUCGCUGAUGGUCGUGGACUGGCAGAAUGAGAAGCAUCUGCGGCGGUUCAAUAAGUGGCAGAAUGACCCGCGAGUUGCGAAGGGGUGGAAUGAGACUGGGACGUUGGAGGAACACCGCGAGUAUCUGCGCCGGUUGCAUGAAGACAAACAUGUUCUGUGUCUGUUUGGGCGCUUUGAUGAGUUUGCGUUUGCGUAUUUCGAGGUAUAUUGGGCAAAGGAAGACCACUACGGCGCGCACUACGACGCAGGAGACUACGAUAGAGGUCGACACUCGCUUGUCGGCGAAGAGUCAAUCAGAGGCGCAUACCGCGUGAACGGAUGGUGGUCGAGCGUUAUCCACUACAUAUUCCUCGACGAGCCGCGCACAAUGUGCGUGGUGGGCGAGCCCAAGGCGACAAACACGACGGUGCUGUCGUACGAGAAUGCGCAAGGUCUGAGCGUCGAGAAGUACGUGGACCUGGGGCAUAAACGGUCUGUACAUGUGUUUUGCAGCCGGGAGAAGUGGUUCCAGUUGUGUCCGAUGUUUUGGGAUGGGCGCAAUCGGCCGUUGGAGAGUGCGGACCGAAUGGCUUGGGAUGCGAAGUUGUAA